AUGGCACGCCUUAAACUAAAAAUAGUACAUAAAUCAAUUGGCGGUAAAGGCAAAAAGCUUAUACCUGGAAAAGCAGCAAGAAAAACGGCCCCAGUAAAGAGUCGACCUGGAAAAGCAGCAAGAAAAACGGCCCCAGUAAAGAGUCGACCUGGAAAAGCAGCAAGAAAAACGGCCCCAGUAAAGAGUGGAGUGAGGAUACCACACAGAUACCGUUCAGGAACUGCUGCUCUUAACGAAAUCAAACGAUACCAAAAAUCUACUGAAUUGCUCAUAAAAAAACUGCCAUUUCAGCGUUUGGUGCGAGAAACUGCGCAAAAAUAUAGACCAGAUCUGAGAUUUCAGACUGCCGCUAUCGGUGCUCUUCAGGAAGCCUCUGAAGCUUUUUUAGUACGAUUAUUAGAAGAUACCAAUUUAUGUGCCAUGCAUGCCAGACGCGUGACUAUCAUGACCAAGGAUAUACAGCUUGCUCUUAGGAUCCGAGGGGAAAGACUAUAG